CGUGUUUCAAUUUUAAAAACCGACAACUUCUUCAUGACGGGAAGUCUUUCUAUAUUUCCAACUGUUUCUUCAAAAUUGAAGGGAUAAUUGAUUUACGAUAAAUUCAAAGAUGCAAUCGAAAAGUUUACUCAAUAUCGCCGUCAUGGUGAGCCAAGUCGCAGAAAAGCGGUUCGAGCAACGAAGAUGUAAUUGACAAUGAGUGAUGUCAUGACUCGCCGCUGUGUCCUAGUCACGCCUAUCAUUUCGAGUAUAUAUCAACACUUCCUUACUCUAUUAUGUCUACCUCUUAAAUUAUAAUAUUGAUCUACUGUUAUUGAAAUUUAUCAUAUAUCAAGUGAAUACCGUGAAAUAUUUCUACCAAAAUCCAGUUGAAUAUGUCCGACUCGCAAUUUGAAAAGGGACACUCCGUCCCUGUAACUCACCAAGAGUUCCCCGGAAAGGAGCAUAAGCUACCUAUCCAGGCGCAGUAUGACACCUUACCCACCGAUAAGGGAGGGUAUCAGAAGUACAAAGCCGCCGGCAAGCUAAAAGGCCGGAAGGCUCUCAUCACAGGCGGUGACUCAGGAAUUGGCAGAGCCACUGCCAUCCUAUUCGCCAUGGAAGGCGCCGACUCCUUCAUCGUCUACCUACCAGACGAAGAGAAGGAUGCGCAGGAGACAAAGCGCAUAGUCGAAUCCCACGGCCAAAAAUGCCAUCUCCUAUCCACUGACCUGACCAGCAAGGAUAACUGCCGGAAGGUCGUCGAUGAAGCCCUGAAACAGAUGGGCGCUAUCCACAUCCUCUUCAACAACGCCGCCUUCCAGAUGGUGAAGAGCGAUAUCCACGAACUAAACGAGGACCAAUGGGAACACACAUUCAACACGAACAUCCACCCCUUCUUCUACCUCUCCAAGUACACCCUCCCGCACAUGUCGCGCGGGUGCACCAUAAUCAACAACGCCAGCAUCAACGCCUACAUCGGGCGCCCGGAUCUCCUCGACUACACAUCCACAAAAGGCGCCAUAGUAUCCUUCACACGUGGUCUCAGCAACCAAUUCGUGGACAAAGGCAUCCGGGUCAACGCCGUGGCUCCGGGACCCGUGUGGACACCUCUUAUUCCGGCGACCAUGGACGAUGAGGCGCAGAAGUCGUUUACUAGUCCGAUGGGUAGGCCGGCGCAGCCUAGUGAGAUCGCUACUUGUGUUGUGUUCUUGGCUUCUGCGGAUAGCUCGGCGAUUAGUGGACAGACGAUUCACUGCAAUGGGGGUGUUAUUGUCAAUGGUUAAGCUGGUGUUGGUUUGGGGGUGGGGGGUUCGCUAAGUUCGAACGCCGGUUAUUAAUUGUACGAUAUAAUGAAUUGAAUUGCGUAUUUCCGCGAUUGAAAUGUGACUUAUCCUGGUAACCCUUUGGGGGAAUGGUGGUCUCUUAUCUAUGAUCUUUCCUAAAUCUUUUGGGAGCGAUUACUAUUAUAUUAUGAGUCAAAGUGAUCAAUGAGGGGAUACUGGCUGAGGGAAUAGAUAGCAGUGGUCCCUAGGUAGUG